CCAAAAUCGCGGGAAACGCGUCCUGCUCCAGGGAGCUCCGCGAGGUUUGCCCAAAAUUCGUUAUUAUUACAAUAAUUGGGACGUACAAGAGGACGGAAACUAGGAUUUCAUGGUGGUUUUUGUGGUGCAGAAACUGACAUUCGUUCCCCGGACGAGAUAGAUUCAGUCGUUCGUUAAAGAGAGAGUAACUCUCGACGCUCCAAGGCAGCCGCUGAUGCCAGCGAUAGUGGAAAUUGUUUUCAACGCCCAAGUCGAGGCCAACAAGGCGUCCACAGUGUCCACACUAGCCGAGUCUGCCGAGAAUGUUGGAGCUCCGAACGAGGAUGUGUGUAACGGUCGAGAUGGCCCGAACGAUAAUUACAAUGGCAGUUUACUUAGCAGAAGUCGUUAUGGUAGAAUGAUAAAACCCAAGCCUUCCACGAAUAAUGUUGCUAACUCUUUACAGAAUUUGAAGAUUUCUAAGUCACGUAGACAACAGAAUUCCAUGAAUAAUAGUAGCGACAGUAUAGAUGAGAUUAAUAUAACUAAUACCGUAACUAAUAUAGAUGAAGUCAAUGACUCUUCUACUGUUUCAAGUAGUACAGAAGAGGACUUAUCUUCAAAAGUAUCGAGUCCUACCAUUGAAUGCCAAUGGGUACUAGGACAGUUAGCAUGGGCCAGAGUUGGCAAUUUUCCAUUUUGGCCUUGCGUUGUAACACUUGAUCCAGUUUCAAUGAUAUAUCACAAAUUGAAAGUUACAACCAGGUCAAAUAUCAUGAUGGUACAUGUUCAAUAUUUUGGAGACAAGGGACGUCAUAGCUGGGUUUCGGCAAAUUGUAUGAUGCAAUUUACGAAUCUUGCUGACUUCAUAAAACUAUCAGACUCAUUGACAGCAGAAACAAAAAAAAAGGAUGCUAGAUAUGCUGCUGCUUUUGUAGUAAAACAGGGAAUAAAAUCAAAAUGGGAAAAUGCUGUUGACGAAGCUAUGCAAGUGCAACCAAUGACAAUUGAAGAAAGAGCCGAAGCUUUUGCUCCAAAAAUAAAAAUUUCAAGGUCUAAAGAUGCAAAGUCAUCUACUGUCAAUGAAAAGGAUAAAAACAAUAAGAGAAAAUAUUCGACUGAUGAUCAGAAUGGGCCUGAUGCCAAACGCGCCAAGCAGGAUAAUAUAUAUAAUGUAGAAAAGUCGGAAGUAUCAAAAUUGCGUAAAUCGGAAGUAUCGAAAUCAAAAAAUUCGCGAACUGUAAAUGGUAAAAUUGAUUUGAAACUGAAUUCGGAUUCUUUACCCUCAUCUCCUUCAAGUCAUAAAAGUUCUCACGACAAUACAAAAGUCGACAAAAAUGAAGAAGACGAAGAUGGUAUAUUUGAAGUUUAUUACGAACGAAAUAGAGAUUUGUUGGAGGAUGAAUAUCCAAACGCAUCAGAACUUGAUAUUAAAAAAUAUUUGCGAAAAACUUGGGAUAGUAUGGAUGCAGCUUUUCGAAAAAAGUAUCGAUCAUAUAUGACACGUGAUAGUUCGCAUUCGAAAGAAAGUACACCAGAUCAUGAAGACCUCGAGACAUCGAUCGAGACUGAUACAAGUACGAGAGAAAGUAAAAAGAGAAGUAAGCUUGACAAAGAAGAAAGUUCUGUUUCAGAAACUAAACGUGGUAGACCAUAUAAUCUCUUUAAAGGUAUGAAGCAAGAGAAAGUUUGUCAGAUUUGUGAGAAGACAGGCAAAUUAACGAGAUGUAAAGGACCUUGUUAUUCUUAUUUUCAUUUGUCUUGUGUAAAACCUGGCGAAUCUAGUCCAGAGCACUCUGUUGACGAGAACACAUCGGACGACAGAAUACUUGACGAUUUAAAUAUAAUUAAGAAAAGUAUUAAUAGUGAACAUGAAAAUCAUGGUAAAAACGAGGAGCAAGAAGAUGAAACAUUCAAGUGUAUCGAUUGUUUGUCUGGAGUAGCACCCGCUUGUUUCAUAUGCAAUGAAAGGGAAGGAGACAGAAUAAGGUGCAUUGUAGCAGCCUGUGGAAAGCAUUAUCAUUCCAAAUGUUUGAACUCGUGGCCUCAGUCGCAUUGGCAAGGAGGACGUUUGACGUGUCCAUAUCAUGUAUGUCACACAUGCAGUUCUGAUAAUCCUCAAGACAAUCAUUCGCGUGCUCCGAAUGAAAAGAUCGCGAGAUGCGUCCGUUGCCCCUCGUCUUAUCAUGCUUCUACAUUGUGUCUACCUGCUGGUUCAGUGAUUCUCACAGGCAGUCAAAUUGUAUGCCCAAAGCAUUACAAAGCACGAUAUCCUCCAUUGAAUGCAGCGUGGUGCUUUCUGUGUACGCGAGGCGGAAGCCUCAUUUGUUGCGACACAUGUCCGACUUCUUUUCAUGUGGAAUGUCUUGGUAUAAAUGCGCCUGACGGUGGGUUUAUCUGUGAAGAUUGUGAGACAGGGAGACUACCCUUAUAUGGAGAAGUUGUGUGGGUGAAACUCGGUCAUUAUCGAUGGUGGCCAUCGCGUAUAUGUUAUCCACAGGAAAUUCCUGAAAAUGUAGAGGCUAUCCCUCACAAUCCCGGUAAAUUUUGCGUAAUGUUUUUGGGGUCUAAUGAUUAUUAUUGGGUGCAUAGAGGCCGAGCUUUUUUAUAUCAAGAUGGUGACGCAAAUAUAAAACCACCUAUAGGGAAAAAGACGACUGUAAUGGACGAUACAUAUCGACUAGCUCUACAAGAAGCCAAUAAAAUACAUCAGCAAUUAAAGGCAGAGCGAUCCAUGACUAAGGAACCAAAAGGACUGAAACCGCCUCCAUAUGUAAAAUUAAAAGUCAAUAAACCAGUGGGUAACGUCAAACCAGUCGAAGUCGAGAGCAUCGUGGCAUGCGAGUGUGACCCUAAUUGGGACAAUCCUUGCGCACCGGGUACAGAUUGUUUGAAUCGCAUACUGUUGGUGGAAUGCAGUUCUGGAAUCUGCCCAGCUGGAAACAAAUGCAUGAACCAAUCGUUCGUGCGGCGUCAAUAUCCAGCAAUGGAGCCAUUUCACACCGUGGGCCGCGGUUGGGGUUUGAGAACUUUGGAGGAUAUUAAAGCAGGACAAUUUGUCAUCGAGUACGUGGGAGAAGUUAUAGAUGAAGCUGAGUAUAAACGGAGAUUGCAUCAGAAGAAAGAACUAAAAAAUGAGAAUUUCUAUUUUCUAACGAUCGAUAAUAAUCGAACGAUCGACGCGGAACCGAAGGGAAAUCUCAGCCGAUUUAUGAAUCAUUCCUGCGCACCAAACUGCGAAACGCAAAAGUGGACAGUGAACGGAGACACGCGUAUCGGUCUAUUUGCUCUGCGCGACAUAGAAUCCGGUGAAGAGCUGACGUUUAAUUACAAUUUAGCAUCCGAUGGAGAAACGCGGAAAGUUUGUCUUUGCGGUGCACCGAAUUGUAGCGGCUUUAUCGGUUUGAAGGCGCAAAAACAACAGUUACCUACAGCACAAUCGAAGAAAGUUGAUAAAUCGAAACGAUACAAAAGAUCAAGAAAGUUUAUGUGUUGGCGAUGUGGGCAAGAAAUAUCGGAUCUGAGCAAUUCUAUAAUUUGCUCGCAAAGAACUUGUAACAAAAAAUAUCACGCAACAUGCGUCUUAAUUGAUGAUGCAGAAUUGAAAUUUAGUUGUCCUUGGCACCAUUGUGUAGAAUGCGGACGUCGAACGUCCGCGCACUGUUCCUUCUGCAGCACUGCCUUCUGUCAAGUCCAUCUUGAUGGUAAUUUAUUCGAACGAGACAGCGAGAAAGGUGGCGUCGUAUGUAAGGUACACGAAAACGCGGAUGUACAGAAAUCUAUCGAGGACGAGAAGGAAUAUUCAGAUAAUGAUAACGAGACAGAUAAAGAAUACUUAUCGACAAGUUCUGAUAGUCCGAUCGUAAUGGAAAAAAUUACGACGCGUGAACCAUCACCAAGAGUUUCUAUUGUAGAGGUUCAUCUAAGCAGUGAAGAGAGCGAAGAAUCUCAGAAGGAAGAGGAAGAAAGCAAUCUCGAGACUAAUUUUGUGUCGUAUGAUAAAAAUUCAAGGACAAUGAAGAAGAAAACAUAUAAAUCGCAACGGGAAGAAAGUCAAGCAAAGGAGUUAAGUAAUCUUACAUCUAGUCAAUUGGAAGCUAUAAUUGGUGGUAGCUUGUGUGAAUAAGAAUCUUCGGUCAUUCAAUGAUACUUCAUUAUUCAUAUAAUAAAAUUCGUGCUCUCUCACUCUCCAAUAUCUUAUCAUAUAUAUAAUAUAUAUUAUUGUAAUAUAUUAUAAUAAUAUGUUAUAAUAUAUAUUAUUUAUGGGUUUCUUAAUAUACAUAUAAUAUGUUAUAAUAUUAUAUGUCUAAUAUAUAAUUAUAUACACACACAUAACUAUAUAUAAUUAUAUAAAAUAUUAAAAACUAUACGUAGAGUAUCACAGUAACAUAAUCCAUUACAUAAUAUAAUCUCGAAAACAAAUAGAAAAAUAUUUGAUAAUUAUAAUUUUUUUUAUAUUGCAAAUAUGUUAUUUAUUAUGUUAUAAAAUUUUACACGAUAACUAGUGCCUUAAUGAGAGAGAAAGAGAGGGGGGAGGGGGAAUAAGCAAACUUUUCCAACCCAAUCAUGUUUAUCAUUUUCUAUUGACUCUUCAGAUUUGCAAUAAAUAUCUCCACUGCCUCACAUUUUGUAAAAUGUUUUGUGGGAUAAAUUAAUGAUAUGUUUAUGUAGAAAAAAAAAGAAUAAUAAUUAUUUUGUAAUAAGUUUACACAAGUGGACAAGACACAUAAUUGAUCUUUAUAAUAUUUGACUUUUAAUUCUUUAGAUGACAAAAUGCAUUUAAUUCAUUGAAAUAGCAUUAUAUAUAAAAUAAGUUCUACAUUCUUACGUUUCUUAAAUGUAGAAACAAGAUAUGAAUGCAAAAAGUAGAUUAUUAUCAGAAUCGCAAAACUUUAUAAUUUUUAAGAAAUUGUACAGAUACAUGUCUAAUUACUAAAAUACUUAUUAAUUAUUUAUCAUGAAAAAACUUUGAAUUAACUUGGUGAAAGAACAUUUUGAGAAAAUCGAAAGAAUAUAGAUUAACCGAGUCAUAAGUCGAUAUGUUGAAUUAUACAGUUUUAAGAUUUGAAUAUAUGUAUACGCCAAAAAAUUUAUUACGUAUACAUAUAUGUAAUUGUAAUAUGUAUCAUGCUUCCGUAUAAAUACAAUAAGCAGUACGUAAAUAUUAUAGGAUUCUCUAUAUUAUUCUCACAAUGGAAAUAAAGCAUCCUGCUUAAUCAUA